AUGUCCACCGUCAAUCUUUGGGAUGAACUUUGUAACGAGAUACCGGUGGAGGGAGACGUGAUUUAUGAUGAGCAUAAAAUUCAAAUAACUGGCAGGAAAACUCAUAUCGAAGACGCUAAGAAAAGGCUUCGAGUGCUGGAAACGAUUUCGCUUCGCCGUCAUAGACAUCUUGGGAUGUCGCUCUUACAUUAUCCUGACAAGACGGUCUGGUUUAAGGCUAGUUUCCUUCACCUUAAUAAGCACGACUAUUUCAAACGCGUGGUCAGGAAUGUAGGGAAAAAAGCUUUUGUCUUGGUAGCAGCCGUCCAAAAUCCGGCCAAUGAAAAGCAAUUUUUAACAAACAAGUCGGCAACCUCGUCAACACAGCAGAGAAACUCGUCAGGCUAUCCUUUUCCGUCUCGUCAACAAUCGGCAUCUCGUCAGUCGUCGACAUCUACUCAAUCAUCGGCAUUUCUCAAGUCACCAGCGUCGCCGACAUCUCAAUCGUCUCCUCAGUCGUAUGGAUAUCCUCAGUCAUCGCUAUAUUCUCAGUCGUCAGCAUUCCGCCAACCACCGGCAUAUCAAUCGUCGUCAUCUUCUCAGCCGCAUGUAUAUCCUCAGUCAUCAGUAUAUUCUCAAUCAGCAGCGUCUCGCCAAUCAUCGGCGUUCCUUAAGUCUCCAGCAUCUCCGGCGUCCCAAUCAUCAUCGUCUCCGUCGUAUGUAUAUCCUCAGUCAUCGGUAUAUUCUCAGUCUUCAUCAUCACGUCAAUUAUCGGCGUCUCGGCCAUCUUCAUCAGUAUAUCCUCAGCCAUCUUCAUCAGUAUAUCCUCAGCCAUCUUCAUCAGUAUAUCCUCAGCCAUCUUCAUCAGUAUAUCCUCAGUCAUCUUCAUCUGUAUAUCCUCAGUCAUCUUCAUCUGUAUAUCCUCAGUCAUCUUCAUCACAAUUAUCGGCAUAUUCACCAUCUUUCCAUCCACGUAUUGAAGCCGGGAUUCGUCUAACAGAGGAGGAAAAGUUGGCUCGGAAACAGGCCAAGAAACAACAGCUAGCUGAAAUGAGAAAAAUGAGGGCUCUUGGUAUCACUAAGGAUGAAAAUGGUGCUGUAUCCGGUAGUUCCAGGCUACUGCCUGGCGACAAUCAUUUCGAAGGCUUCAAUACUUACGAGACCAAGACUACAGCUGAUACGCUCGACGAGAGGUCGACUGAUUCUUCCAGCUCAAUAAUCCCAAACAUAACAACCGAGAAUGACGAGAAACCCCUCCCAGGUCAACUACUUCGUGAAUUCAAUUUUGAUCAAAUGAAAAAUAUAUUUAGCGAAGCACUGGACUAUGUCCACCCCUUGAAAGGGGAAAUUAGAUUUUUUGGCAGUUUGGGCAAAUCUGUCUUCCAAGACGUCCCCUCGGACGUUGGAAGACAGUUGUGGGAGUACUUUGAAGUCGACGGCUUGAAGAGUCGAUACAAAAUGAAACAUACGUUCCAUAACGCCGCUGCCUAUGAUGACGAUCAUAAAUUAAUCGACUAUCUUGCCGAAGUGUGCGGCGAGUUUCACAGCCGCAGCGAGCAUUUCGAGAUCAACGCCAAGGCGCGUAAUGCGCAACAUGACGAUUUCGAAGACAUUGUGAUGUCUAUUGACAUCAACAAUGUGCUCCUAAAGUGGGUCGCCUACCCGUGGGCCCGUGUGGCGGACGUGGAUUGGAGCAUUCUGGAGCGGAAAUUCGAUGUUCAGUUUACGAUGGCCAAGCGUCGGUCGAUUCGAAGCGAUAUCAAGCCAUUUAAUAUGUUCAUAAAAAAAGUCUCGAUCACCCCCAGUACAAAUCGCAUCUCCUUUGAAGACAUUCCUGAGCUACUUAAAGUAAAGUCGAUCUAUAGGAAGACGACCCGUAAAUUUAAGCUGCAUAAACCCUUCAUGGCGGAAUUUUCUCGGAUCGAAAAGGUUCCUAUACAGAACCAGCAGUUUCAGAAAAGGUUAGGUAAAACCGGCGAAGGGAAAAUCCACUAUACCAUCGAGAUAAUUAAUCGCGAAAAUAAGAGCAGAUUUAAAGAAAAUAUUCAUUUGGGCGUCGGUGAGCUUCCCACGUGGACUAAAAAAGAUAUAUUAGGAGAAGAACCCGGGCUAGAUAAGCUUGUUGAGUUAAUCAAGACUAUGUUGUUGCUGGUUGAAAAAACCGAUAAAGCAGCUGAGAAAUGGUUUGCAGAGCUAGAUGUUCAGAAUAACAGCAAGUAG